AUGUCAAGCAUUGAGACCCGGAGCUUCCCAUUGCCUCCUGGGGCCCUUUUCCGGUCUGAGCACAUUGCCCCUUGCCUCCGCAUUGCCCUCCUGGCUUCGCCAGACUCAGAUAUCAUGGCUGAUUCAUCAGACUUGAAUCUCGACGCUCCCAGCGACCUUCAGGACCUUCCUGAUUUGUCUAUGGAGCUUAUCCCCCCACAGGAAGGGACUUACCCUGAUAGAGCCUCCUUACUUGCUGCUGUGCAGGCACACGGUAAAGCUCAUGGCUAUAACAUUGUUGUCAAAUCAUCCAGUACACCCACAGAGAAAAAGCCAGGCAGAGUCGCAAAGGUGUGGUUGCGAUGCGAUCGUGGUGGCCAGUACAGACCCAGAAAUGGGCUCACUGAAGAAACACGGAAAAGGAGGCGGACUUCACGACUCAUGGACUGCCCUUUCAUGCUCGUCGCUGCAGGACAUCCGGGAAUCUGGACGCUGACAGUUUUAAAUCCCUCACAUAACCACGGCCCGAUAGUGGAAAAGCCUCGACAGAAUCCUCAUCCUAAGGCGAAGAAGGGCCAAGUCACGGCUACUCCCUAUGACUGGCCUCAUGAUGCGACAUUCACACCAUUCACAACUGCGCUUGUGCUUAUUGAUAUGCAACGUGAUUUUUGUUCACCAGGCGGAUACAUGGCGUAUCAAGGAUACGACAUUACGCCUGCACAGCUCCUUAUUCCUAAGUUACAGCGAUUACUUGAUGCUUUCCGCUCAGCCGGCUUUCCUGUGUAUCAUACCCGUGAAGGGCACCGCUCUGACCUCUCGAGCGUCUCCAAUCGGGAAACUUUCCGCUCAAAAAUCAACCCGUCUGGCAUGGGUAUAGGCUCAGAUGGGCCUCUUGGUCGACUCCUCAUACGCGGUGAGCCGGGACAUGACAUCAUUCCAGAACUCUAUCCGACCAUGGGCGAACCCAUUAUCGAUAAACCAGGCAAGGGGGCAUUCACGUACACCGAUUUCGAACUGCUCCUGCGGAAUAAAGGGAUCAAAAACCUUGUUCUUGCAGGUGUUACUACGGAUGGCUGCGUUUCCACUACCAUGCGAGAGGCAGCCGACAGAGGCUUCGACUGUAUCUUGCUCGAAGAUGGUACGUCUGCGGCUGACCCCUCACUUCACAUGAGCACUAUUGAGUCUAUGAAGAUAGACGGUGGUAUUUUUGGAGCGACGACGAAGGUCGACGAUAUGGUACAAGCGGUUGAAAACUUCAAAGCUGUAACUGUGAAGAAGCUUGCUCCGCAAAUGUCCAAUGUUGCCCAGUGAAAGGGAACAAACGACAAAAACUUGCGGUAUAAAUUCCCUUAUCAAAAUAUUUCCCCCUCUUUGUUAAAUUUGCGCCUUGACUUUUUGCACGUAUUUGAAGUCUGGUGUUAUCAAGGCGCCUUUCUUUGCUAUACCUUGUACUCUUCUUUCUCUUUUUUCCUUGUGGAGGGAAUAGUUUGUUUUUAUUGGGUAGUUACAUUGUUUUCGGGAUAUUCAUGAAAUGUCGGCCCUUAGGACAUGUUUCCAGCCUUGCUUUUAUUCGGAUUCUUGGUACUAUAUAUACUUGUGUGUACUUGGUGUGGAAGCUAUAUCCAUUGGCUUUUUGAAAUAUCUUUUCAGUUUUCCCACGUUAUCUCUCCUUUAUUUUGUGUCUCAGGUUCUCUCUGCUCCCCUUGCAUUUACGUCUUGGGUUGUCUCACAUCCUAAGCAGUCAAGAACGAUUCAGGGUUUAUUUUGUGAUUGUUUGAGUACGUCAACUAUCCCAUGAGAGCAGUAACCGUCCACUAAAAGAAAUAGCAAAAAACGAUUUAUCUGGC